CAGAACGCGAAGUACUCCCGCAACGCGCUGCUGUUUAACCUGUGCUUCGUGUUCGGGUCGGACGCGGACAGCCAGCGGUACGAGCCCGUGGUGAAGAAGCUGGCGGGAUACCUGACCACCCUGGAGCUGGAGACCGGGUUCCUGUCGGACGAGCAGAGCAAACAGAAGCUGCCGCAAGUCAUGAAGGAACUGCUGACUCAGCUGAACACCUGUGGCACCUGCAGCGUCCCCAUCAACGAGUCCAACACGCUGCACCUGAAGAUCGUCCCAACCUCCGAGGAGCCUCCCGUCGUGCUCGAGCACCACGUGCCCGUCUUCCUUAAAGACAAGGAGUCGUUUGUAUCGAGCCAGUGGGACCUCACAACUCAGCAGAUCCUGCCGUACAUCGAUGGGUUUAACCACGUGCAGCGGAUUGCCCAGGAGGCAGAUGUGGACAUCAACCUGGUGCGCAUCUGUGUGCAGAACAUGCUGUACUACGGAGUCAUCACGCUGCUGCCCAUCUUCCAGUACUCCAACGUCUACGUCUGCACGCCCGACAUCCACACACUGGUGCAGGACUCACGGCUGCAGAGCGAGUGUCUCGCCUACGUCUCCAAACACCCCAGCCACACCCCACCCAGGUUCCGUGAUGUGUUCACGCUGUACUGCGGGCUGGGCGCGGGAACGACGGUUCGCGACCUUUGCACCCGUCACGCGGCCCAGCUUCAGAACGUGGACGAGCGCCGGCUGAUCCAGUUCGGCCUGACGAAGGGCAUGAUCCGCCGCGUGCGGAAGUACCCGGUCAAACUCUCGUCCGCGGAGUUCGGCAGCGCGGGGAAACCGUGGACACGCUGGAUGACGGGACUGCACAGCUACGACGAGAUCUGCUGUAAGACUGGCAUGACGUAUCAGGAACUGGAGGAUAAGGUGGAGAGUGACCCACACAUCGUCGUCUGCUGGAAAUAAACAAAUAAACAAACAAACAGUCAUACAGUAUGACUGUACAGCUGUGAUGAGAUGAAUGAUGUUGAAAGGUUUAUUCGUCCAAAACACAUGGAAGCCACAGGCUAAAUUGCGUGUUUUACAACAGUGACACAUUUAAAAAUAUGUACGUAAAAGUGACCACAAUAAAAGUAAUUAAGGGAGAUCUGCUGUAAGACUACAUGUCCUUCAUGUUUAUGACAUCGUCUGCUGGAACUAGAAGAGUUAUAUUGAUGAGUAGUAGUUGUAGUAGUGUAGUAAAGUAGUAAAAAUAGUAAUGUAGUAAAAAUUUCAGAUGGAGCUCCUUGUAUAUAUGUAAGCAAAUUUGUGUGAAAUUGUAAAUAGCCAAAAUGAUAUUGUUAUGUGAUUUGUUAUUGUAAGUAAGUAUCAGUAAAAUUAGUUACAUCUUACUGCUUUUGUAUGAGAGCAUCCAAUGUAAGAAAUGAGAAUAUAUAGAUACUUGUAUGUAUAUAGAAGAAUAUAAACAAAGUUAUCCUAUGAAUCUUCCAUCAGAGUUAGACUUGGUAACAAUAACUAACAUUACGGGAAAAUAUUCUGCUGUUUUCUUGUACAAAUGUAAGAAGAACUUGUAACUAUGGAGUGUUGACAUGUCCAUGCCUGAGACUGAAAAUCAAUCUUCUGUCAUCUUGAUAAUAAAGUUC